AAAUAAUCGUGGACAGCUGUACUGGCCGUUGGAGGUUCUGUACAGUGGGAGUCGGCGAGUGCCGCUUACUGACACAAUGUCACUACAAAAGUGUCAAACUGAAUGGGGAGAAAUUGACCAAGAAUAUCAACAGUUACAGGAAACUCACAAAGUGUACAGACAGAAGCUCGAUGAGCUCACCAACCUCCAGGCAACAUGCAGCAGUGCCAUUAGUAAACAGAGGAAGGGUCUAAAAGACCUCCGGCACAGUCUGCGCAAAUGUACAAAAACAAGCGAUGAGAAAGAAACAGAACUGAUCAAAGACAUCCAAAUGCAAAUUAAAGACAAAGAACAUUUCUUCUUUGACAUGGAAGCCUAUUUGCCAAAGAAGAAUGGAUUGUACUUAAAUUUGGUCCUUGGCAAUGUGAAUGUCACACUCCUCAGCAACCAGGCUAAAUUUGCCUACAAAGAUGAAUAUGAGAAGUUCAAGCUUUGCAUGACAAUAAUCUUGAUGUUUGCUGCCAUAACCUGUCUCUUCUUGUUCAAUUACCGUGUCACAGAUGAAAUCUUCAACUUCUUGCUGGUUUGGUACUAUUGCACUUUGACCAUAAGGGAAAGCAUCCUCAUGAGCAAUGGGUCCCGGAUCAAAGGGUGGUGGGUCUCCCAUCAUUACGUCUCUACCUUCCUAUCAGGUGUAAUGCUUACCUGGCCAGAGGGGUCCAUGUAUCAGAUGUUCAGAAGUCAAUUCCUUGCCUUCUCCAUUUAUCAGAGCUUUGUGCAGUUUCUUCAAUAUUACUAUCAAAGUGGCUGCUUAUACAGGUUACGAGCUUUGGGGGAAAGAAAUCAGUUGGACCUCACAGUGGAGGGGUUCCAGUCAUGGAUGUGGAGAGGGCUCACCUUCCUCUUGCCAUUCCUCUUCUUCGGACAUUUCUGGCAGCUGUACAAUGCUUUGACCCUGUUUCGAUUGGCAGGACAUAAAGACUGUAAAGAGUGGCAGGUAUUUAUGUUGGCACUGACAUUUCUUGUCCUAUUCCUGGGGAAUUUUCUUACCACAUUGAAAGUUGUUCGCCAUAAAGUCCAGGAAAACCCAGAGAAAGUGCAAAAGCAAGAGUGAAUACAAGUCUGACUACAGCUCAGACUCCCAAGUGGCCAGUGACCAUGAAACAAAAUGGCACUUUGAAAUGCACAAUCGAUGGGAAUAUGGACUGCAGGGGUUUUUUGCCAGGAAAAGACGGAGUGAAGAGAACGAUGUGUCUCAGCCUUGAUGACAGCUGCAACAUUAACCAAUAACCUUGGCUGAAUGUGCUUUUGUUUCCAAUAGUUUGUUGUUGUCUUUGCUACACAUGCAAUCACAACACAGAGCGGCCUUCUUCUGGCAGAUGAACCACUGCGAUCCUGGACCAUUUGAGGCUUGAUCCUGUAGAUUUAGAGUAAUUGGACAGACUUAAUCAUUAUGGUGUGGAUGUAUUUAGGACUGAGCAUGGACUACAUGUACAGAGAUCCACUCUUUAAACUAUAUGCAACUAAAGAAAGACGGGUAGCAUUAGGUCAUGAGAAGAGGUUAGAUUUACCUACAAAGUAUAUGUACUGUCAAUACUUCACACAGCUGUUUUCGGUAUGGAAUAUUUGAAUACAUCCAUGGCACAGCAAUUUAAACUGUUCGCAACUACAAGUGUCUCGUUUUGAUAUAUUCUUCAGUAAAGAUGCAUUGAACUAUACAAUUCUCCCUGUGUGCUGUUUGAAAGUAAACAUGUUUAUUUUCUCUGGAUAUUGACAUGUUGAUGCGGGUACAUCUUAUAUAAAGAACUAAAGCCUGCUUUUUAUUUUAGCAAUGUACCAGCCAGGACUUGUUAACUGAUCAUAGACAUUUACAAACUUUAACAGCAGCCAUUUACUACCAUUGUUUGGGUUGAUUUGGUAACCAUAAAUUACAGCUGUUCUAUUUUUAAAUAAUACUAUUUUAAAUAAUGAAUAUACUAAUACAUGUCAAGGUUUUAGAAUACAAGGAUUUUCUUUCCCUUCUGUAAUGCACCUUGUUAAACUGAGUUCCUGAUUUUAAAUUUUUUAUUUUUUUAUUUCACCUUUAUUUAACCAGGUAGGCUAGUUGAGAACAAGUUCUCAUUUGCAACUGCGACCUGGCCAAGAUAAAGCAUAGCAGCAUGAACAGACAACACAGAGUUACACAUGGAGUAAACAAUUAACAAGUCAAUAACACAGUAAGAAAAAAAAGGGGGAGUCUAUAUACAUUGUGUGCAGAAGGCAUGAGGUAGGCGAAUAAUUACAAUUUUGCAGAUUAACACUGAAGUGAUAAAUGGUCAUGUACAGGUAGAGAUAUUGGUGUGCAAAAGAGCAGAAAAGUAAAUAAAUAAAACCAGUAUGGGGAUGAGGUAGGUAAAAAUGGGUGGGCUAUUUGCCGAUAGACUAUGUACAGCUAUCUUGUCUUAACUUCAGUGGGUUCAGAAUUAAGACAAAUCCAUUUUUAAAUAAUUCCUGUAAUCUAGUUCAAAAUGAUAAGCCUUUCAAUUAAUGAUUAUUUGAGUCCUGUCCAAUUCAGGCUGUGCUGGUUGUUUUGAGUUCACCUUUGUCACUAUGCUGUAAGUGUCUACUUUAAACAAUUGCUGCUAUGAGCACUGGUACUUUGAGCAAAUGAUUGGGAAUAAUGUCUUCAGUACAAAUGUGCUGGCGUGAUCAAGUUCUAUAACUCUGCUGACAUACCGUAUGUAUUGUAACGCAUCAACUCUGAACUAAGGCAAAAUCUCAUGAGCUUGUGUAUCCCUUUUCAGUGUCCUUUAAUUUUGAACUGUAGUAUUAGAUCUGAACAACUUGGUACUUAGUGACAGAGCUCUCUAAUGCCUUCUCUCCCUGUAGCCUGUCACAAUUACUUGAUUUUUGUUCCAUUUGGAAUCAAUUGUUUUGUUAUUGAGAAAAUCUAAGGUCUUGGAUAUUAGUCUUGAUUCCGUAAAGAAGAAAAAUCCAUUCUACGCUUGAAGGGAGCCAGUCUUUUUGUUAUACUUGUCGGCAAAAGCCUGUUACUGACCAUUUGUCCAAAAUGUUACAUUCUGUUUGUAACAUCAAAACUGCCGCAAUGCACUACACAACAGCACCUAUUUCCUCAUAUGUUGUGGUAUUGGUUUCAUGUCAUGGAUUGUCCCAUCAUAAGACUGUACCUUGUGCCUAAACGUAUCACUGUAACAAGAGAGUGAUUUCAUUGAUUCUGUCUCUGAUUACAGGAUGUUAUCUGAGAGGCAUUUAUUUACAUUGAUAUAAGGCCCUGUGUUUUGGAACUAGCAAAUAUUAAUUGAUAAGUCAUGUAACAAAUGUAUUUGCUUAGCAAAGAAAUAUAUAUACAUCAGCUUUCACAUUGUUUUUUCAGUUGCCUAUCUACAGUACUACUGUAGGACAUUGCUAUGUCAGUGUUUUUUCAUAGCAACCACCACUAGUGGGCACUGUCAUUAAACUUUAGAAAACUGCAAUAGAUAUUUGUCCAGACUCCAGCUCUGAAAGGAACUGAUGUCUAUCAGCUUUCAACCACAAUAGUAAAUAGUUGUAAAUUGUCCUGGCAAUGUAAAAGGUGCAGUCUACUUAUCAUCCUCUGCAGAAAGGGUAAGUCGCUUACAUGAACAUGUGUAAUGGCAGUGGUGUAAAGUACUCUAGUAAAAAUACUUUAAAGUACUACUUAAGUAGUUUUUUUUGAGUAUCUCUACUUUACCAUUUAUGUUUGACUACUUCUACUCCACUACAUUCCGAGAGAAAAUAAUGUAAUUGUUACGCCAUACUUUCCCCCCGACAUCCAAAGUACUUGUUACAUUUCAAAUGCUUAGCAGGACAGGAAAAUGUUCAAAUUCACACUUAUCAAGUGUAGGCCGUCAUUGUAAAUAAGAAUUUGUUCUUAACCGACUUGCCUAGUUAAAUGUUAGUUUUUCUUUAAAAAUACCCCUGGUCAUCCCCACUGCCUCUGAUCUGGUGGGCUCACUGAACACAUGUUUUGUUUGUAAAUUGUCUUAGCCAGGGGCACACUCCAACAGUAUCUUUUAAAUCAAAAAAGAAAACCAUGCUAUCUGGUUUGCUUAUUUAUUACAAGGAAUGUGAAGUGAUUGGUACUGUAAGUAUCAAAAAUAAAAGUAUUAGUCAAAAGUU